GAAGCUCUCUCUUGAGACAAAAUAUAACCCUAAGACGGGCUUUGUGUCUUAAAAUAAUCACUCUUGUCUCUCGCCGCUUCGCUUCCUCCUCCUUAUCGGAAUCUCUCGUCAUUAUGCUCAGAAGCCUCCACCAUUAUUGCCAUAGCUCUGUCGCUUCACCUCUCCGUCCAACGAUUCUCUCUUCGAUUAUUACUGUCGGAAUCACUCACACUAUUGCCAUCAUCUGAGAAUUGGGUUUCCGUAUUAAUAUUUGUUAAAUUUCGUUACCGUAUUCAAAGAUGGCUGCUUUGAAAGGUUAUGGAUUGUGUUCUAUGGACUCUGCUCUACACUUCCCCUGUCCAAGGCCAUUCCAGCCCUACAAGAGAAGAAGCUCGAGAUGGGUCUCUCCAGUAGCAGCUGUUGUACCCAACUUCCAUCUCCCUAUGCGCAGCUUAGAGGUUAAAAACAGGACCAACACUGACGACAUCAAAGCACUACGAGUGAUCACAGCCAUCAAAACACCGUAUCUCCCCGACGGAAGAUUCGACCUCGAAGCCUACGACAACUUAAUCAACAUCCAAAUCCAAAACGGAGCUGAAGGCGUCAUCGUCGGUGGCACAACGGGAGAAGGCCAGCUCAUGAGCUGGGACGAGCACAUCAUGCUCAUAGGCCACACCGUGAACUGUUUCGGAGGAAGCAUCAAAGUCAUUGGAAACACAGGUAGCAACUCAACAAGAGAAGCCAUCCAUGCGACAGAACAAGGCUUCGCUGUCGGAAUGCACGCAGCUCUUCACAUCAACCCUUACUAUGGUAAAACAUCAAUGGACGGUAUGGUUGCACAUUUUCAAUCUGUUCUCCACAUGGGACCAACGAUUAUAUACAAUGUUCCCGGGAGAACGGGGCAGGACAUACCGCCACGUGUUAUCUUGAAGCUUUCUAGGAGUCCUAAUUUAGCUGGUGUGAAGGAGUGUGUUGGGAACAAGAGGGUGGAAGAGUAUACUGAGAAUGGGGUUGUUGUGUGGAGUGGGAAUGAUGAUGAGUGUCAUGACUCGAGAUGGGACUAUGGAGCGACCGGUGUUAUAUCGGUUACUAGUAACGUAGUUCCUGGUUUGAUGAGGAAGUUGAUGUUUGAAGGUAAGGACACGGCUUUGAAUGAGAAGCUUUUGCCUUUGAUGGAGUGGCUGUUCCAGGAGCCGAACCCUAUUGGGCUCAACACUGCUUUGGCUCAGCUUGGUGUGGCGAGGCCUGUUUUUAGGUUGCCGUAUGUUCCUUUGCCUUUGGCUAAGAGGGUUGAGUUUGUGAAGAUGGUGAAGGAGAUUGGUAGAGAGCAUUUUGUUGGGGAGAGAGAUGUUCAGGCUCUUGAUGAUGAUGAUUUUAUCCUUAUUGGUCGAUAUUAAGCAUAUACUUUCUUGAAUCUUUUUGGUUUACUUUUGUUUGGUAUUUAAUGAAGAUGAAGAGAUGUUUUUCUUUUUUUUUUUCUUUUUGGUUUAUGUAGCUGAUGAAUGAAACUCAUUGAAUGAUUUCAUCAUAUGUUUUGGUCUGUGCUUGUUAUGAACUUAUGAUCUGCUUUUACUCUGUUUUAAAACCUGUUGGAUGGAAACGGCAUGCUUGUUUGGGUCUAGUGGUUGUAACGGCAUGACUUUCCCAUCUAGAUCCCCAUCUGAAAAUCAUUUUAAUAUUACCU